CCGUGGUGUGGCCAAGCCACCAGGUGCCACCAGGCCGUGCCCACUGGGGAAGGACGUUGGCAGGAGCAAGUACGAGUGCAACGUCUGCGCCAAGAGCUUUGGGCAGCUCUCCAACCUCAAGCUCUGAGCCCCCACCCUGGCAGGUCCACCUGAGGGUGCACAGCGGCGAGCGGCCCUUCCAGUGCCCCGUCUGCACGAAGCGCUUCACCCAGCUGGCACACCUGCAGAAGCACCGGCUGGUGCACACCGGGGAGAAGCUCCACCAGUGCCCAGUGUGUCACAAGCGCUUCAGCAGCAGCAGCAACCUGAAGACCCACCUGAGGCUGCACACGGGUGAGAAGCCCUUCCAGUGCCACCAGUGCCACGGCCGCUUCUCCCA